AUGGGGGCCGUCGGGCCACUUGACGCCGCUGUGAAGAGGAAGGAGGGCCUGCUGAAGAAAGCCUACAAGCAGGCUAUGUCCAAGUGGGAAGAUGACUACGAGUACAUCUGGGCUUUGGACAGCGAUAUUGACUUCACAGGUGCGGAUCUCAUCACCCUCUUCUCCUUGGCCAGAGCCUCCGGUUCGCUCAUUGUGGGACCCACCUUCGUAGGCACUCAAUCAUGGCUCACCUAUACCAUGAGUAUGUCGGAAGUCACCGCGCAUGGCUCUCUAGUACGGCGUGACCAAAGCGAUUUUCAGAGCAAGAUCAAUGUCUUGGGGAAGCCCGAUCCCCGCUGCAAGCUGCGGCACACGGACUUCGUGGAGAUGACGGCGCCGCUCUUGUCCAACAAGGUCCUGGCGCUCAUCUUGAAAGAUUGCGUGGAUUGCGUGCACGACAAGGCUGAGUGGGGCCUUGACCGAGUCUGGUGCAAGCUGGCGCAGAAGCUCUUGGCUCAAAGCUCAAAGCCCUGUGCUCUCCUGGAUGCCUCGCCUGUGCAGCACUUGGAUUGGAAGAAGGCGGUGGUGACCCCCGACUUCAAGGCCUCCGAGCUGGCCGUGAAGUCCGAAUACCCGGAGUACUGGUCAGAUGUGCGGAACAUCGACUGUGUGAACGAUUUCCGAGAAGCAGCGCUGGUGGAUGCUCAGACAUUGAUGGAUAUCCUACCAGUCCAACCAGAAGCCAUGAACCAUUCGGUGCACUAG